AACCGCUCGCCACAGCCGGCAGGCCAAUCAGCGCAGCCCGAAUCCAAAUCUCCCUCCAAAGUGCCGCUGAAUUGAGCCCAGACCCGCAGCAACUCGACCACCUCGUCUUCCGAAAGAAAACACCAACCCAUUCGCCUGCCAAUUGGCAUCCCACCUCUGCUCUGCCGAGCAGACACAAGCCGCCCAGAAUGCUGUCACGAAGCACGGUGCCGGCCAGGGCGUCUACAGCGUCGUCGACGUUGUCGCGGGCCGUAGCCGCGUCCGUAGCCGUAUCGGCAUCGACGAGCUCGGCCACUCCAGCCCACCAUGCCCCGGGUCGCCGCUCCUUUGCGACGGUCCAGGACACGGCCGCCCCGAAGCGCACCUAUGGUGGCCUCAAGGACCAGGACCGCAUCUUUCAGAACCUCUACGGCCGCUACCCCCCGGACCUCAAGCACGCCAAGAAGAUGGGCGAUUGGCACAAGACCAAGGAGAUUCUGCUCAAGGGUCACGACUGGAUCAUCGGCGAGAUCAAGACGUCAGGACUGCGCGGCCGAGGCGGAGCUGGCUUCCCUUCGGGUCUCAAAUGGUCGUUCAUGAACUUCAAGGACUGGGACAAGGACACCAAGCCGCGCUACCUAGUGGUCAACGCCGACGAGGGCGAGCCGGGCACCUGCAAGGACCGUGAGAUUAUGCGCAAAGACCCCCACAAGCUAGUCGAGGGCUGUCUGGUAGCCGGUCGCGCCAUGAACGCCUCUGCCGCCUACAUCUACAUCCGUGGCGAAUUCAUUCACGAGGCCGCCGUUCUCCAGAACGCCAUCAACGAGGCCUACGCCGAUGGGCUCAUUGGCAAGAACGCAUGCGGAUCUGGCUACGACUUUGACGUCUACGUCCACCGCGGCGCUGGCGCUUACGUCUGCGGCGAGGAAACUAGCUUGAUCGAGUCGCUCGAGGGCAAGCCCGGCAAGCCGCGCCUCAAGCCGCCCUUUCCAGCCGCCGUGGGCCUGUUUGGCUGCCCAUCAACCGUGGCCAACGUUGAGACGAUAGCGGUGGCGCCCACCAUCUGCAGACGCGGCGGCAGCUGGUUCGCCGGCUUCGGUCGCGAGCGCAAUCAGGGCACGAAGCUGUACUGCAUCAGUGGCCACGUCAACAACCCGGCCACGGUUGAGGAGGAGAUGAGCAUCCCCCUGCGCGAGCUGAUCGACAAGCAUUGUGGCGGUGUACGCGGCGGCUGGGAUAACUUGCUAGCCGUAAUCCCCGGCGGCUCGUCGACACCCAUCCUGCCGAAGCACGUAUGCGAUGACCAGCUGAUGGACUUUGAUGCCCUCAAGGACAGCCAGUCAGGUCUCGGCACAGCGGCCGUCAUCGUCAUGGACAAGAGCACCGACGUAGUGCGCGCCAUCUCGCGCCUCAGCCACUUCUACCGCCACGAGAGCUGCGGCCAGUGCACGCCCUGCCGCGAAGGCAGCAAGUGGACCGAGCAGAUCAUGCAGCGAUUUGAGAAGGGCCUCGGCCGCGACAGGGAGAUUGACAUGCUCCAGGAGUUGACGAAGCAGGUGGAGGGACACACUAUUUGUGCCCUCGGUGAAGCCUUUGCCUGGCCGAUCCAAGGACUUAUCCGCCACUUCCGGCCCGAACUCGAAGCGCGCAUGCAAAGCUUUGCCAAGAAGUCGGGUGGUGAAGCUCUAUCUGGCGGCUGGGAGCAUGACGCAAGAGAGAAGGGCAAGCUGAUAUCUCCGGGAAUGUGAGAGACGGAUGAACGAUAGAAAUGGGUAGGCGCAUUUUCUUUGCCCAAAGGCAACUGCCGCGAGUCCUAUAGAGAAUUGCGGGCUUGCUUCCUUAAGAGAAGAAAAUGCCUGUAAUGUACCAUUGUGCAUAUCUCGUGGUCCGUAGACUGGCCCAGAUUUUACAGGGCUACAUUGUAUUUAAACUUUUUUGCAAGUUGUCUCGCGCUGCAAAAAUGGUUCUGGAUUUUGGAGAGAGAGGGGGGGUGAGAGUCCAAUAAAUUGAUGAAUAUUUGUAUCCUUAGUUGAAUGUCUGUGAAGGAAUACGAUAUGGGGCACAGGAGUCGCAAGUUGUUGUUGGUCAGAUUGCAGAAUGCCAAGCAUGAGAUGUCCCCGCA